AGGACCAAAGGUUUGGGCCAAGGUUUGAUACAAGGGCAUGGUCCUUCGAAUAUAUUAGUCAAUAAUAUGCCGCUGUUAAAAAUAUUAAAGGCUCGUGAAUUCAAUAUGGCCGAUAAGACUGAUUUUUUAAAUAUAAGCUUUUUCUACGAAGCUUCAUCGUUAUUCUUCUUCAACUUUUGUUCAAUUAAAACGCGAUGCUUUCGCAAGACGAGGUGUGAUAGCCACAAAUGACGAUGCAUCUAUGUGUAAAAGAUUUGCUGUUCACUUGGGGUACUGGCAAGAUAAUUAUAUACAAUAUUUUGUGAAGAAAACAGAAAGAAAGACGCCUGAGAUUAAUAGAGGUUAUUAUGCUCGUAAAAGGAAUGGAAACUAUACUCAACCAAUUCCUGAAAUGACAUCCAACGGUUGUCAGGUUAUCAAUCUUGGCGCUGGAUUUGAUACACGCUAUUGGCAACUCAAGGAGUCUGGCACUUGUCCAAUGAUGUUUUAUGAUGUGGACUUUGGUGCCGUUACAAGUAGAAAUGUAUGGCCGGUGAAAAGAAUUGAUAAUGAUGACAGUAAAAGGGAUGUGAAGCUUAAAUUGUCUUGGUUUCUAACUCUUAGACAAAAGAAAGCGUUGCAGUUGUAUUUUGAUGCAAGUGUUGAAUAUGGUCAUGAGGAAAUUCACUUUAGGGAUUAUCAUUUGCUUGCUGCUGAUAUCAGGAAUAUUACUGAACUAGAAGAGAAAUUAUUGAAAUACUCACUUGACAAAAGCCUUCCUACGGUGUUUAUUACUGAGUGCGUCUUGGUAUAUCUUCAUCCUAAAGAGUCUGAGACUCUGAUUAAAUGGGCAGGAGAGAAUUUUCCUACUGCUUUAUUUUUAAACUAUGAGCAAGUGAAUAUGAACGAUACCUUUGGUCAAGUUAUGAUUGAUAAUCUCAAGGUGCGUAAUUGCUUUCUUUAUGGUGCUUUAGCUUGUCCAACCCUUAAAUCACAGGUUGAACGCUUUGAAAAUCUGUCAUGGAGCACCGCUGGUGUUCUUGAUAUGUCGCCUGUUUAUCAAAAAUUACCAUAUGAAGAUCGUGAAAGGAUUGAAAAACUCGAAAUGCUUGAUGAAGUAAACUUGUUUUAUCAAUUGCUAAAUCAUUAUUGCAUUUGCUGGGCAAUUAAUGAUACACAACAAAAAGGUCUUGUAAAUCUUGGCUUUCAUUGAAGUUCGUGUCUCUUGAAUGGAGCACCAUCCAGUAAAUGUAAGUUGAAUGUGGUGAUGAAUGCCGUGUGUGUGUUGUGUUCAUUGUGGUGCCCAAUAAGGUGCCAAUUUCACAGUAGUAAACCGGAAAUGCGUCAGCCAAACUCGUUCUCCAUUUCCCCCG